AGACUGCUCCCCCCGGCAGUUGCGGAAUCAGUUACACCACCGACCGAUCACCCACCUGAUAUGGAUUUGGCCAUCUGAGAAGUCCCAUUAAUCGUGGUAUGUCGUGAUUCGCCACGCUUCAACUCGUCCUGGACUACACCUGCCUGCCGCUUUCGACUCCAUUGGUAUCGAACUUUUGGACACGACCAGAUCAUCAACAUGAUUCCCCUUCAUCAGAGCGCCCAAACGCUGGGCGUUCUGUUCCUGCUGGUCGCCUCGUGGUCACCUGUCACCACAGCCAUCGAUGUUGAUAUCUGCGCCUCAUUAAACACCGGCUCAACGGACCGAAACACCAGCAUUUACCAAACAAACGGUCUUUGCUAUAAUUUCUGCGUUAACGAUUACGCCUACGCCAUCACCCAGUCCAACUCUUGCUGGUGCUCCAACUUCGCCCCUGCCAAGUCGACCCAGGAGGAUGUUUCAAAAUGCAAUACCCCUUGCCCUGCAUAUCCCAUCGAGGAUUGUGGUGGCGAUGGCCUGUUUGGAUAUCUCUCGUUGGGCGGUGUCUUGCCAUCAGGCACACAGGCUGCUUCGUCCUCAGCCACUUCAGAAUCUGACGAUACCUCUUCGAAAACCUCGGCUUCCACUGAGUCCACGUCCGAAGUACAGACAGUUACAGACGGCGGAACCAUCAAGACUGUGACGAUUGGCCCCAGCCACACGGGGUCCACGUCAAGCGACAGCGACACCUCCGGACUCAAAGCUAAGAAUAGCGGCCUGAAGACAGGAGAAGUUGUUGGUAUCGUGGUUGGCGUCAUAGGAGCCGUAAUCGUCGCCGCUGGCCUCGCCCUUUUCUUCUGGUUCCGACGACGCAAGCAACGCCAACGGCGCGAGGGCUUUGAGGACGACCCUAGUAUACGAGACAGCUCGUCCGGCAACCAACCCGAUAUGAGCGUGGCCGGAGCUUCCCCAGUGUCACCCAACGCCGCCAGCAAGCGGAAUAGCACAUUGCAGGUUGACCCGCGCAUGGACCCGUUCAAGCAAGGAUUGUACGUCCGAGGCGGCAGUCACGAGAGUGUCAAUACUCUGGGUGAUGAGCAUGAUUACUCGCGGAGGAUCCAGGCACCCAAAGUGCUGCGGGCAACGAACCCCGAUCCUGCUUGAGAAUGAGGACCUCAACGCAUGGACAAAACACACUUCCACCGGGGUGAGCAUCAGAUUGCUGAACCUCACGACGCACACGAAUUUCGCC